GAAGCUGCAUGGUAACGAGACUUCACUGUCACGGGUCCUCCGGCUAAAGAUAGGAAACCCAAGCUCUGUCUCUUUUUCUCUGUCUCUCUCUCAAAUAUUGUCCCCCUCUCUUCGUGGUUUGAUAGGUGAGAGAAAUGCAGGCGGGUUCAGUUGCUCUUGUUCAUGGUCUCAUGUGCCCUGCUUUUCUCCCUCUUGGAGCUUUGCAUAGGUAUCGGAGCCUAACCGUUAAUGCAGCUGUCUCCAAGACUCAAGAAAUCUUGGGAAAUGUUUCAAUAAAUGGUGAAGUGGGAGGUGCUGGUGGAGCCUACUCAUAUGAGGCUUUGAAAAGGUUGGAUCGGAUACGGCUAAGUAUCUGCUCACCAAAACCAGAUACAAAUGAAACCAUAGAACUUGUUAAGAGAUUCCCAAGCACAUGUAGGCAUUCUCAAUCGGAAAAUGAAAUACAAGAAAUUUUUGAUGUAUUAGUUUGUGGUGGUACAUUGGGAAUCUUUUUGGCUACUGCAUUGAGAACAAAAGGCCUUCGAGUAGGGAUUAUUGAAAAGAAUGUGAUUAAAGGGAGGGCACAAGAAUGGAAUAUAUCUAUGAACGAGCUGUUGGAACUUGUUGAAGCUGGUAUUCUUGAAAGGGAUGACAUAGAACAAAUUAGUGUAAUAAAGUUUAACCCCAACAGAUGUGGAUUUGAGGGAAAAGGUGAUAUAUGGGUCGAGGACAUCCUUAAUCUUGGUGUCUUGCCUGCCAAACUUGUAGAAAUCAUGAGGCGGCGUUUUCUUAGCCUCGGUGGUGUCAUUUUUGAGGGUCAAAGUGUGGCGAACAUAUGCAUAUAUGAUGAUGUAGCGGUUCUAGAAAUUGAUAAAGAAAAGAAACUAUAUUCACGUCUAAUAAUUGAUGCAAUGGGCAAUUUCUCCCCCAUCGUGAAACAGAUAAGAUCAAAAAGGAAACCAGAUGGAAUGUGCCUUGUGGUUGGAACUUGUUCUCGUGGUUUUAAGGAGAAUGUAACAAGUGAUGUCAUUUUUAGCAAUUUGCCUGUAAAAACAAUUGAAGAUUCGAGAGUCCAGUACUUUUGGGAGGCCUUUCCAUCAGGUUCUGGUCCCACUGAUAGGACAACUUACCUGUUCACUUAUGUCGAUGACCUACGUGGUUGUCCUUCGCUGGAACAGUUAUUAGAUGACUACUGGGAUUUGAUGCCAGCUUAUCAGGGUGUCCAGCUGGAUGACUUGGAAAUAUUGAGAGUUAUCUUCGGCAUGUUCCCGGCGUACCGUGAUAGCCCACUACCAGCUGCGUUCGACCGCAUUUUGCAGGUUGGUGAUGCUAGUGGUAUCCAAUCACCAGUUUCAUUUGGUGGUUUUUGUAGCAUGACAAGACACCUCAAAAGAUUGGCUACUGGAAUUUAUGAAGCAGUGAGAGGAGAUUAUGUUGAUUCAUACAGCUUGUCAAAGAUAAAUCCUUAUAUGCCAAAUUUAAGUGCAUCAUGGCUGUUUUUGAGAUCAAUGUCAGCGAGCAGAAAUCCUGAUGUGUCACCUGAUUUUAUAAAUGAACUCCUCCAUAUCAAUUUCCAAUGUAUGCAGAAGCUAGGGGAUCCAGUCCUUCGUCCAUUUCUCCAGGACAUAAUACAGUUUACACCACUUGCAAAGACACUAGGAUUGAUUAGCAUUACUCGUCCAGAAAUUCUACCAUCUAUAUUUAAGCAGGUAGGCAUCCCGGCAGUUUUGGAGUGGUCUGUCCACUUUUUUAUGUUGGGUUAUUACACGUUCCUUUCAAGCUUCUUAGAUCCCCUUAUGAGGCCUUGGAUAGAUGUUCUUCCAGAUAAGCAGAAAUAUGAAUGGAGAAGGAAUUUUGAUGCCUGGAAAUAUGGUUCCGGCUUGGACUACAAGUAGUAGACGGAAGUUUCAAAUAAGGAAGUCUGCCACAUGUUUUCCCAAAACCUUCGUCCAAAGGGAUAGUAAAUUAUUAUUCAAACUCCAAUAUAAAUGUAAUGACAGGUCGCUUGUUUCGAUGAUGCCUACCCAGCAAUAUUUGUCUCAAGAAAGAAAAGGCUGCUGUUCAAUUGAGGAUUCUGGGCAGAAUAUAUGUUGCUGUAAAAUACUAGGGCUGAACAAGUAUUCUAUAUGGAUGUUUGUAAAGUAUAUAUUACUUAUAACACGUGAUGCCAAGGUAAUGAGCCUUUGGAGCAAUGUUACUGAAUUCAGAGCCGGUAGUGAUGUGCCAGCUUUUUUUUCGUUUUCCCUUUUUGUGAAAGAAUAUUUUGAACCCAUACUAUCUCUUUCAAUGGCAUUUCACAGGUUGCAUGCA